GGAUAUGGUUUUCAUUCUUCAGCAUUGCAAAUAAAGGAUGCAGAAAGAAGCUUGCAUUUUUAUCAAGAGAUCCUUGGAAUGGAAAUGAUCAAACAUAGCGAAUCAGAAGGAGAAUAUUCGAUGUACUUUCUCAGUUUUCCAGGUGCGGUAUCAAGGGCAGACAGCGGAAUGCCAGACGAAGACAUCUAUUUCGGUGCACGACAAGGCAUGCUGCAGCUCAUUCAUGUAUAUGGAUCCGAAACUGAUGACUCUUUCAAGAUAAGCAAUGAUGGUCCAGGUUUCACACACUUUUCCGUUUCAGUGCCUGAUGUUGAACAAGCGAAAAAUCGAAUGGAAUCACUCGGGGUGACGAUUGUAGAAGAUGGUAGUAAUGCAAGAGGUUUUGCAGCAAUUGCCGAUCCCGAUGGAUAUCAUAUCCAAUUAAUC